GUCAGAAUACACUAUUCAGUUUUAAUUAUGUCACUUAAAAUGCAAUUUGUAAAAUGUACGUUAUGUAUUAUUUUAUACGUCGUAGUUUGUACAUUUUUAUUAAGAAUAAAACAGAGUUUCGAUAUAACACAAUAUCGAGAUUCGGUGCUUUUUACAAACUACAAUCAAGCGAAGCAAAAAUGUACAGUAAUAUCUCGAAUAGUUACUAAACCAAUCAAUUUAGAAAUCAAACUUUUAGAACGCGAUGAAAUGAAAGGCGAAUCCAUAAAUUUAGAGGAAAGUGCAGCAGUGCUACAACAAAUUUCAAAUACAUGUGUGAAAUAUAACUUAAAAACUGCUUUAAUAAAAAGACACUUUUUAUAUAAUUUUCAACAUAAAUCGAUGUAUUGUUGGAUUCGAAAAGUAGCUUCGACAAGUUUCACAAAAUUAUUUGCAGACAUGAAAAAUCAACCGUCCACGCGAAAUUAUUAUAGAGAAGUUGACAGUUUAGCACCGCGAACUUUAAAGGAACUGCAACUUAUAUCGAACGAUACGAAAAUAUUCAAACUAUUAGUGGUACGACAUCCUUUUCAAAGGCUUGUAUCUUCAUACAGAGAUAGAAUAGAAGAUAAAUCAAAGUAUACUGCACAAGCUUGGAUAUAUGCAGAGAAAAUAUUUCGCUUUACGAGACCCAAAUUGUUUCAUUCGAAUACAUCAACGGGUAAUUUUCGACAGAAAGUAUUUACACGUGAUAAAAGGUUAAAAAUAGUACCAACUUUUAAAGAGUUUAUAGAAUGGCUUUUACAAAGUUCCGAGGAAGAUGAUGUUCACUGGGCUCGGUAUUAUACUCACUGUGCUUUAUGCAAUAUAAGAUAUAACUACGUUUUAAAAUUGGAUGAUUAUACGUACGGGCAAAUUAAUUACGUUUUUUCUAAAUUUAGAUUGGAUAAGAGCAAAGUGUAUUUUCCUAAGUUAGAAAAAACACGAGGUGGACAUACGAACUUUGAUAUUACGUGCCAAUAUCUUGCAAAUUUAACAGAAGAUAUAAUUUUAAAAUUAUACGAAAGAUAUAAAAUCGAUUUUGAGAUGUAUAAUUAUAAUUUAAAUCAAUAUGCACAUUGUAUAAAUAAAAGUGUUUGA